UCAGCGCGCACCUGUGCAAAUUGAAAAGCCGUUGCUGCUGAUUAAAAAAUAGCUGUGUUUUCUUUUCUCUUUUUCAUUUUUAACAUUAUUAUUAUUUUUUAACAUUCUAACGCUUCUCGCAUCUCACGAAAAUAAACCAAAAUUACUCGGCUUGAAUUAAAUCUGGUCUGAAUUAUGUGGCUGUCUGAUACACAAAAAGUUGGUGUCGGCCUCACGGCAUUUGGUUGCGCACUCAUCGGUCUGGGGGUGAUUCUGUUUUUCGACGCUGGUCUGAUAGCCAUUGGAAACAUCUUGUUCUUGGCCGGCAUGUCCAUGAUCAUCGGAGUUCAAAAGACCUUGUAUUUUUUUACGCGCCGGGACAAGCUGCGCGGAUCAAUCGCUUUAUUUGCCGGCUUCUGUUUGGUGCUGAUAAAGUGGUCCAUAGUUGGUAUUUUGCUCGAGUCGUUUGGCUUCCUCAACCUCUUUGGCGACUUUUUCCCAGUCGCCAUUAACUUCUUGCGCACCCUGCCACUCAUCGGCCGGUUCCUCAGCAUGCCCGGCAUUCGUCAGGUCGUUGACCGCAUUGGCGGGUAUCCCUCCCAGUACCCAGUGUAAAAAUGUUUAUUUCCCCUAAGAAUAUUAAUAUUUAAGCCGUUUAUUCAAACAAAUAU